CACAGUCUGGUAAAAUCAAUUGACUCGGAUUAUUUUUUUCAUCCACUGCCAUUAGUACAUUAUUCCAGAGCAAGCAGCAGAAAGUUCUAGAAGAAAGAACCAGCGAUGUCGUCUCAACAGCAACCACAGCCAUCACACGUAGCAGGCCACCCAAAUGGUUCUAAUGCAAAUCCUGGCUUAAGCUAUGGAGUGGGUUGGUACACUCUUGGCCAAGAGCAACAACUCAUAGGUCCGUACACUGUCUCCGAGUUGCAGGAGCACUAUUCGAAUGGAUACUUCUAUGAGAAUACACCUGUGCGGUCAGAAGGAUUUAGCGAUUGGCAGCCACUAUCCUCGGCUCCUGGGUUGUUGGCUCACGUACCUCAACAAGAUGCUGAUUACCCAAAUCGAACUAUCUACGAAUGGGAUCAUAUUCUUGAAGCCUGGGUUCCUCAGGAAAACACAACUCAGACAACUGAAGAAUAUGCUCCUGAAAAUAUGACUUAGACAAGAGGAGGAGGUUUUUCCAAUAAAUGCUGAUGAUCUAUCAGCCUAUGACGUGGAUAAUGUUGCCAGUGACGCAGGAGCAAAUCAGAAUGGCAAGAGAAAGUAGCCCGAGAAAGCUGCUGAUAGGAAAAUUGAGGAAAAGAAGCAAGUUUGGUGGAAGGCAGAUACAUGCAAGUGAGGAUGAUGGAAUGAUUAACCAUACUUCGGUAUGGGUCUUGGAUGAAGAUACUGAUAGAUUGGAGAAGUUUGGAGCUGAAGUUGAAGCUGAUUGAGGUGAUCCCUGCUGAUUAAUGUGGAAAACUGCAGAAUUCUAUUCUUGUAAGAACGCCUAAAUUAGGGACUUGUACAUGGUAUGUAUCUGGUAUAUGAUCUGUGAUAAUUGCCAAUCAUGAGUUUUAUUUAUGUAACGUUACACGUAGAUUUUAGGUACUGAUUCAUCUAUGUUUUUUAAUCACGGAUGGCCUGCUAUUCAGUUUACUGUUAACUAUUCCAAGCUUUGAGAUGA